AAGUAUACAUCAAAAUUAGUUGAUUGUUAUAUAGCUCCAAAAAUUACAUUCUUUGUGCUCUACGUUUAAUUUUAUUUUUUAUAACAAUGUUUUUUAGUGUUUAAAAUUAGGUGUAGUGUCGAUUGUCUUGGCACAAACAUUUGUUUUAACUAAAAAACAGUUUGGUAAGGUAAUGAACAUAAACCGCUAAAAGAAUGGCAUCAAACAAUCAGUGGCCUCCUGUGACCUCGGCAUCCCUCAGUGGAGGUCAAGGUAGAAAUAAAAAUAAUGAUAGUAACAAUCAGAUUACGGAAGAUCAACAACAACUAGUACUUAACAUUGUCACAGAAAUGUUUGAAAGUACUUUGGAAUAUGACGUAAUUAUUUCUAUUGCUGAAAAUUGUAAUUGGGAUCUUCAAUCGACUAUUGAUGCUCUUAUUGCUCUUUCAGCAACAGUAGAAAAUAAUAGUAAAUCAUCAGUCGAUGUUUCUUUGCCAAUAUCUCAACUAAAUAAACAAAGAAGUUAUUCCAUUCCGAAUACCCCUUCUAAUGAUUUUAUAAAAAUAGAUAAAAGUGAGUUAAAACAACAGUUAGAAGGACUUACAAAGUUUGAACAACUUAAAAUGAAUUUUCCAAAAAAUCGAAUGGAUUCUUUUCAAGGAAACAUAUCAAAGUUAGGUGCAAGUUUGAAUGAAACUUUAACUGAUAUUCCAGCCGAUAAAGUAACAUUAAAUUUUCCUUGGAGUACAGUCAUUGAUUUAAAGAAAAAGGACGAAAAAAAAGUUGAAUAUAACAAUGACAAUCCAAAUCUUGCGUCUCAAAAUGUUCAUACAAAAGAAAAACUAUACGAAACAAUGAGUGAUAACUCAAGUUCGAAUUUUAAAGAUCUUACCUCGAACUUUGGAAAACAAAGUGAAACGUCAAAUCCUCUUAAGCAAUCAAAUGUUCAUAACGAUACUAAGUUUUGUGGAUUGAAGGUUCAUUACCGCCAAUCUGGAACAGAGAGCAGUUCAGAAGAUGAUGACGCUGAUGUAGUAGUAGAAGAAGAACUUAAUGACUUUGAUAGUCAAUCAACAAUUCCUAUCAAUGUCUCUCAAUUUUUAUCAUCAUCGUCAUCAUCAUCAUCAUCAUCAUCAUCAUCAUCAUCAUUCGUUCAAUCGUCACCUAAAAAUAUUCCAAUUAAAAAAAUAGAGACCAAAUCCGUAGAAUCGCCAUCGAAAUCUUCAAGAAAAACAGCAGGAAAAGAAGUUCAAUUAGAAUCAAUAAAGUUUGCUAUUCGAAAUAAUGCUAAUAUUUUGAUCCUUCUCAGAGGAUUACCGGGAAGUGGAAAGACAACAUUUGCUAACAAUUUAAUAGCUUCAACUAUAGGAAAGAAUCCUUCUUCUUAUGUUUUUAGUACUGAUGACUAUUUUACAUCACCUAGAGGUGUUUAUACCUAUGAUCCUAUUAAAAUUGGUGAAGCUCAUAGUAUGACUCAAUAUAAAGUCAUGCAAGCUAUGAAGGAAAGAAGAACUCCUAUAAUAAUUGCUAACACCAAUCUGCAAGCAUGGGAAAUGAAACCUUAUGCAGCAAUGGCAGUUAAAUACUGUUAUUCUGUUGAAGUUCGAGAUAUGGACACGCCAUGGGCUUUCAAAGUUAAUGAAUUAGCAAAGAAAAAUUGUCAUGGUGUUCCAAAAGAGAAAAUCAAAACAAUGCUUGAAAAAUAUGAACGAGGAAUUACCGGAAAAAAACUCUUAGAGAUGUUUUCUUUAAAGUAUCCAAGGAAUAUGAUGCUGAAAAAAAUUAAUAGAAAACCUUUUACAGCAAAUAUAAAGUCUCAUAAUGAUGAUAUACUUUCUUCUGCAGACAUGGAAGUUUUGCAACAAAUAGAAAAUCUUCCAAGUAUGACAAAAUCAGAAGACGAGCAUAUUGAAAAUAAUUCAAAAAAUUUUACAAAUAAUAAAGAUAUGUUCAAAGAUUAUAUGAAGACUUUUGGAAAACCUGAUACUUCAAAAUCAGAAAAUAUGACCCCAGAAAAAAAUAAUGAACAAAGUAAAAGCAAUGAUAAUAACGCCACAUCUAACAGUGAUGACAAUCACUUACUCCAACCAUUAGGUGCUAUUGGAUGUGAAAGAAAAAAUAGUUUAGUAAAUUUAGAUGUUAUCAAUUUACCUAAGGAAACAGAAGUCUUGAAUCAAGAUGGCGAUGAAAAUAUUUUAUCAAAAUGUUGGGAUUUUACAUUGUGUUUAGAUGGUGAAAUUCUCCAUAGUGAUCAUAAUCAUGAGUUAUAUCAAUGUAAAAAGCCAACAGGAUCUCCAAUAAAUGCUGAAGAGAUGAGAAAACAGGAUGAAGAGUUUGGUAAAGAAAAUAGUAGUGGAAGUAGUAGUGAAAAUAAUGAUAAUGAGGCUGAAAAGAUAGAUGAGAAUGAUAAGGAAAGUUCUUUAAAUGAUGAAAAGAACAAAAUGGAUGAGUUUUUCAGAAAAUUAACUGCAGAAUAUAAUGAAGGCGGAUCUAGUUUUGAAGUAAAACAAUCAACUGUGGUCAUUACAGAAAUUUUUGAUGAAGAUAAUAAAAAAGAAGCAGACCUAAGUGAAUGUGAAGAUGCGAUUAUAGCUGAAGAAAUAAAAGAAGAUAAUCAUGUAAUAAAGAAUGACGGAACUUAUAAAACUAAAAUUGAUGGUGAUAUAGAAAUAAUUUUAUCUGAUAAAGACGAAAAGCUUAACUAUGUAGACGUUCAAAGUGAUUCCAAAUACUCAGAAGUUGAAGAAGCAAUUAAGGAAUUGAUUGCUGAUGGUAGUAUUAUCGGAACCCCAAUGGAAAUAAAGAAAGAAGAGUUAAAAAAUAUCAAAGAUCCUAAAAAAUUAGCAUCUAAAUCAACUUUAGGAUCAUUAUUCCAUAUUAUCAAAACUUCAAUUUUAGGAGAUGGUAAAAGUGAAGAUCAGGAAGAAAAACUAUCACAAAAAUUAGUAGACGAAGAAAUAUCGAGUGUUACAAAUGAAAAUGAAGCAAGUACUGAUUCUAAAAAUAAUCCACAAUUAGUGAUCGAACGUCAAUUAGUAGAAAGUAAACUUAUGACACCAAAAGGGAAUCUCAUAAGUAUUCAAUUAAACAAGCCAGGAAUAUGCAGCGAUAAUGAAGAAGAUAAGAAAAUAGAUAACAUAAAUAGAAUAACAUGGAAAGAAUCUCCGUUUCCUCUCGAUGAUGUAUCAGAUCUCAAAUUAAAUCUUGAUAAAGAAGAAAAUGCGGAUAACAAAUUAGUGUCAAUGGUAGAUAAUUCAACGAAUACAUCGUAUUACGACUUUAAUGUGGCAUAUAUAGGAGGAACAAUGGAGUCUGGUUACCGAACUAUUAAUGCUUUUGAUAGAUCUAUUAAUAAUGGAUUAUCUCAACCAAAGUUCGAACGUCCACCAAAAAAAUUGAUGUUAGAGAAAAGCUCUAUGACAAGUGAUUUGCUUAGCAAGAAUGAUAAUCUUGUAUUAGGGGAUGGGAAUCAAGAACUUCCAGAUCUUAUGGAUCUUUUUCCGCAUAUCCCUAGAGAUUACUUAAUCGAAAUUUAUGAAAAUUUAUGUCAGAAAAAUUUUUCUUGGGCUGUGGAAGUUUUAUUAGAUGGUGUUCCUGAUGAUACGAUGUUCAAAAUACCACAAGAGUCUGAAGUAGUCGAUAAUUCCUUUAAAUCUCCACCAGCAGAUACUUCUAAUAAUCCUCAUAAACCAUUAGAUAACUUUGAAAAUAAUCUAAAUUACUUAGAUGAUCAAAAAAAUUUAAUUGAUUUAGAAAAUAUGGAACCCAGUGUAGUAGAUUGUCCAAGUGUUUUUGAAAUACAUUAUCCAAAAGAUUCUACAAUGAGAAAAUUAUAUCGACUCAGGUCUAAGAAUAAAGAUGAAAAUUCUUCACAUAGUUCUCCUUCAACUCCACCAGUCCCUCGACCAGACUCAACAGAAAAUGAAAAAAGUCCAGAACCUGAAGAAAUAAUUGAAAUCAAUCUUGGUUUCGAUAUAAUUCAUCAACUAGAGAAUCAGUUUGGCAAUCCUGACUUUCAUAUUCCUGAUGGCUUUGAACCAAUAGUUCACAUGAAAAAAUCAAUGGCUGAAGAACUUUAUGCUUUAUGGAUCGAAAGUAUGUAUCAUCAAUUAAAUGCACGUCAUGAGCAAUUAGAUCAAAUGCUAGCAAAAGAUGCCGAACUUGCUAAAAAGCUGGAGAAAGAAUUUGAAGAAGGGGCAAAUGAACUUGAAAAUCCUUCAGAACCUCCAGUACCAAAUUUAAAUGAAAUUAUGGAUAUGGAGUUGGCCUUGGCAACAUAUAAAAAAGAAGUGAAGGGAAUACUUGAAAAUGAGUUGCCAAAUGAUAUGGCAUCAAUGUUAUCAAGACAGAUGCUUCAUGAAUCUCAUCCAGAUAUUGAUCCUGAAACGCUGAAUGAAAUUCUUAAAGCUCACAAUGGAAAUUUUAAAGCAACAUUUGACACUAUUUCUUUGAGUACUGGAAAGUCAAUUACUCCUUGUAGUACUCCUAAGAAACACGCAAAUAUUCCAAAUAAAGUCAAAGAAGAAGAUGAGAAUAUUGAAGUUAUACAAAGAUCAAGAAGUUCAACUCCAAUAACUGUUGUUAAACAAGAAAAUAAAACAGAAAAGUCUUUAUACAGAGAUGCUCUCUUGAAUGCUACUGAUUCUAGAAAUGAAGCUCAACGACAUUUCUCUCUAAGAAUUGAAAAUUUAAAUAAAGCUGAUGAAGCUUAUCGACGAGGCUACCCAGCAGUAGCUGCUUAUUACUCACAAAUUGCUCGAAUACAUGGAAAGAACAGUAAAACUGCUCAUGCAGAUGCAGCAGAUGCUCUAAUAAAUGCUCAAACUCUUAGUAGCAAUCAAAAUAUUUUGGAUUUACACUAUUUAUUCGUCCCUGAAGCUUUGCGUGCUUUAGAUGAGUUUUUAGAAUAUCAUCAAAGUAAACUAACUAAGAGUAAUAAAAGAUCAACAAUCAUUUAUAUUAUCACUGGAAAAGGUAUAAGAAGCAAUAAUGGAACAAGUAAAAUAAAGCCUGCUGUUUCGAAGCGUUUACUUAAUCGAAAUAUUCGAUUCAGUGAAACUAAUCCAGGUUGUCUAAAAGUGGUUCUCUAUCGAAAAAGUGGAAUAGACUGAAAAAUAAAAACGCACAAGUAUAAACACGUUUACGUUUAUAUAACUAGAAAUUUAUUUAAGUUGCAUCGUAAAAGUUAUUAUAAUUAAUCCUAUUAAUUUUACUUAUAACACUAUUAUCAUAAUUAUUAUAUAUCAAAAAAAAACUAUAAUAAGUCAUA